AUGAUUUUCAUCAGUGACGAAUCCAUGCUUGACCACCAUUGUCCGUGGGACACCUAUCACAUAGAGGUGCCGGAGAGGCUCGCCACGAUUUUGAACAUAGCCGGGCAACCAACUGUUUCGACAAGGAUGCAGAAGCUAAAAUCUCGCCCUGCUACUGAAAAGGAAUUAGAAAUGGUCCACACAACGCAAUAUAUAUCAGAGAUAAAGCGAACCAAAGAAAUGAAUGAGGAGGACUUGGAAAGAUUUUCAUCCAACUAUGAGGAUAUAUAUGUGAAUAGACAGACGUUCGAUGCCGCUUUGAUGGCAGCUGGAUGCGUAUUCAAUCUGGUGGAUGCCGUUAGCAAAACAGGCACACCGGGAUUUGCAGCAGUCCGCCCACCUGGCCAUCACGCUUUUCCUGAUAGAGGCUGCGGCUUUUGUAUAUUUAAUAACGUUGCACUUGCUGCAAAGCACGCUCUCAAAAAUGGGAUUUCACGCGUACUGAUAGUUGAUUGGGACGUACAUGCCGGUCAAGGCACGCAGGAGUGCAUAAACGGAGAUGAUCGUAUUCUUCUCAUUUCCAUCCAUCGUUUUCAACAUGGGCACUUCUGGCCGAAUCUUCAACAAAGCGGAGUGAAAACAAAGUUUAAAAACACGGUCAACAUACCUCUGAAUGAUAUCGGGAUGAGCGACUCUGAUUAUUUGGCGGUAUUUCAGCUGGUUGUUCAUCCAAUAGUUAACGACUUUAAGCCACAUCUCAUCCUUGUCUCCUGUGGAUUCGAUGCUGCACUAGGUGAUCCAGAAGGUGAGAUGAAAUUGACCCCCGCGGGUUACGCAACUCUCACGCAUCAGUUGAUGACAUGGAGGAUACCUUUAGCCAUGGUUCUAGAAGGAGGAUAUUUCAUGGAUUCUGUCGCGGCGGACUUCGAGUGGGUAGUGCGAGCACUUACUGGGGAAGAAAUCCCUCGAGUGCAGUUCGAGAAGAUAAAUGCAGCCCUUCCUCUGGUUAUUAACAACAUUCACAAGGAAUACGGUUCCACCUAUCCAACGCUUACCAUGAUCAGAGAACUUAAGCACUGCCUUGAACCAGACGUUGAGAAAGAUAGUGGUACGGCAGAAUACGAAAGUACAAAAGACUUCAGUAUACCAUUUCCCACACGUGGUGUUUAUAGGAAAAGGGAAGAGCACAUUAUUUUGUGGUUCAGAGAAAAGCUUCGCGAAAUCACUUCCACGUAUCAAGAGCUCAAAUCUUACAAGGACGUGCACUAUACACUCAUUGAAGAUCGGCCGUUUUCAUAUAUCAAGUCAGGAAGUAGCAUCAUGUUGCAAGUCAGCAGUAAGGCGAAAGGAGCCGCUCAUCUUCUAAUUGCCCAAUCCGUAAAUCCCUUACUCCGAUCAAAUGCCCUCGAGAGUCACAUUAGUCACCUUGCGAUCGAGCGAAUAGCGGAACUUCUGCAAAAGAUUCGUAACAACUGUGAAAAACCAUUGCCAUACAUCCUAUACCUAUGA